UUUGUGAAGUGCAACCAAAGUUCGACCCUCCUUCUAGGAUAACAGUUGCAAGGGACAUUUAUCAAAUGUUCUUAUCUGAAAAAGAGAAGUUGAGGAAGGUUUUGAAAGGCCAAAGGAUAUGUGUUACCACUGAUAUAUGGACAUCAAUCUAAAACAUUUGUUAUAUGUGUGUAACAGCACAUUGGAUUGAUCGAAAUUGGGUCUUACAAAAGAGAAUAAUAAGCUUUGUUCAAGUUCCUAACCAUAAGGGUGACACUAUUGCAGUAGAGUUGGUUAAUUGCUUCAAAGAUUGGGGAGGGUUAAAACUUUUCAGUGUAACUGUUGAUAACGCUUCUUUAAAUGAUGUGGCCAUAGAUAAGUUGAGAAAGAAAUAUGAGAAGAAGAAAGACGUCAUGGUUUUAAAUGGGAAGAUGCUACACAUGAGGUGUGUUUGUCAUAUUAUAAAUUUGAUAGUGGGGGAUGGGUUGAAGGACGUGCAUACAUCAAUUUCAAGUAUUAGAAAUGCUGUUAGGUAUGUUAGGUCCUCACUUGCAAGGUUACAGACGUUUAAGGAGUAUGUUGCCGAGGAAAAUAUUGAGUCUAAAUCUCUUUUAUGCUUAGAUGUGCAAACGAGGUAGAACUCCACUUAUUUGAUGUUGGAAGCUGCAUUGAAGUUUCAAAAAGCCUUUGAGAGAUUGGAAGAUGAUGAGAGCUACUCCAAUUACUUUAGUGAUGGAUUUAAUGAAAAAAGAAUAGAUGGUCCACCAAGUGAUGAUGAUUGGGCAAAUGCCAAGGUCUUUGUGAGGUUCUUGAAUACAUUUUACACAUUGACACUAAAGUUUAGUGGGUCUUUGUAUUCUACUUCAAACUUGUAUUUGGAUCGAAUAUCUAAUGUUCAUAGACAAUUGAAACGUCUAGUUAAUUGUCAAGAUCCCAUACUGAGUAAGAUGGCUGACAAUAUGCAUAAAAAGUUUAACAAGUAUUGGGGGAAAAGUGAGAGAAUGAAUCAUAUGUUGAUACUUGGUAUGGUGUUAGAUUCAAGAUACAAGUUGGCAUAUUCAAGACAUUGUUUGAGUUUCAUUUUUGAUGAGAACGAUGUUGAUGCUUUGAUCAAAUCUGUUGAAGAGACUCUGCGGGGCAUGUUUGCUGAAUAUGGUGAGAGGUUUACUCCUAGCACCAAUGGUAGUGGGUCACAAACCCCAUCUCAAACUUCUAGCAAUGUCUCAGAGUUGAGCUCAUUGAAUGAUGAGGAUAUUGGUGUCAAACAGUUAUGGAUCCUACAACAACAAGCCAAACAAUGUGGAGGAACAGAGGUGGAUACUUAUUUUGUGGAACAAACAGAGGAUCCAACAUCUGAUGACUUUGACAUAUUAGGAUGGUGGAAAGGAAAAACUAAGAAAUAUCCCAUACUAUCUGAAAUUGCUAGAGAUGUGCUUGCUUCUCCAGUGUCGACUGUUGCUUCGGAGUCGGCUUUUUCUACAAGUGGUAGAAUUCUUGAUAAUUUUAGGAGUUCAUUAACUCCUAAAAUGGUUGAAGCAUGCAUUUGCUCCAAAAUUGGUUUAGCUCUUCACGUGAGCCUGUGGUUGUAAGGCAAUACAUGGAUGAAGUGCAAACCUUUCAAGAUUCAAUUGAAGUUGUGCCAGAGGAUGCUUCUACUAUUACAUCAGAGUCUCUAGCUGAAGCAAGUCAAGAAGGUGCAGCAAGCUAGAUUGAUGAAGUGCAAACUUUUCAUGAUUGAAUUGAAGUUGUGUCAGAGGAUGCUUCUACUAUUACCUUGGAGUCUCUAGCUGAAGUAAGCUAGAUUGGGCAUAAGCUAGACUAUGCAUGUUAUUCCUUAAAUAUUGUUGUUUAUAAUGAACUUGGUCAUUGGGCUCUUUAUUUUUAUUUUUAUUUGGACAUUGGACUCUUUAUUUUUAUUUGGAGGUUGGACUAUUUUAGUUUGAAUUUUAUGUUGCAAUAUGGACUUUAUUAUGGAUUUUGAUCAACUAUGGAACUUAUUAUGGAGUAUGGACUUAAUUAAGGACUUUGAUGAAUUAUGUAAUUUAUUAUGGACUUAAUUUAAGACUUUGACGAAUUAUGUAAUUUAUUAUGGACUUUAGAAUGAUUAUAAGUUUUAUAUUUAAUUAUAGAUAUCAAAGUAUUGUAAAUGGAACAUAUAAUAAGUGGUCAAACUGUCAAAAACGGUAAAAAAAAACCAUUAAAUCCAAUUUUAUGGGCCUUGUAAAGUCCAAACCGUUUCAAACCGUUUAAAAACCGUUUAUAACCGCGGUCGGUUACGGUCGGUUUUUUGAUGUUAACGGUCGGUUACGGUUUUGUGAACAAUCACACCGUAACCGCCUGGUGGGUUUGGCAGCAGGUAAAAACUGACCGUAACCGACCGAAUUUCACCCCUAUUGUAAAAUUAAUGUA